GCCCGGCGGCGGCCAUGGGGGCGGCGGCGGCCGAGGCGGACCGGACCCUGUUCGUGGGGAACCUGGACCCCAAAGUCACCGAGGAGCUCAUCUUCGAGCUCUUCCACCAGGCAGGCCCCGUGAUCAAGGUUAAAAUCCCGAAGGACCGAGACGGGAGGCCCAAGCAGUUCGCGUUCGUGAACUUCAAGCACGAGGAGUCCGUCCCCUACGGGCUGAGCCUCCUCAACGGCAUCAAGCUCUACGGCCGCCCCAUCAAGAUCCAGUUCCGAUCAGGGAGCAGUCACGCCUCUCACGAGGGGAAUCCCUCCUGUUCCCCACACGGAGCCGCCAGCACCAGCCCCUCGGGCGCCCCGCACCCCGCCGCCAACUGCAGCCGGUACGAGUCCCACACGAGAUAUGACAGGAGUCCCGACAGUAUGGGAGCAGCAGGAUUCUCCUCGGCGCAGCGGUCCCUGCCCUCUGCGGAGAACCUCCAGAGACAAGCGGUGAUGAAAAGCGCCGGAUGGCAGCAGCCCCCCUUCCCCCUGCCCGGAUACCCCCCCCACGCCUUCCACCCGGCCCCCCAGAUGCCGCGGCGGCCGGAGCUGCCGCGCAAGGGCCGUCCCAGCGCCCACCCCUACCACCCCGACGGCCGGCACUUCGGGCGCGAGCGCUUCGGGGAGAGGGGCCACGAGGGCGAGCAUCACUACCGGGGGGGCAGAGAGGAGCCCCCCUACGCUGACAGGCACCGGGACGGCUGGAGCCACGACUACGACUACCGGAGGGAGGGCUACCGAGACACCAAGUGGCCCCCCUCGCGGCAUUAGUUCAGGCCUCUCCGCUUGAAAGAACUUGACGGGCAAAGAAAGUUCAGCCUGUUUCUUACCGAGUCUGUGUAUAACCCCCCCAACCCUCGGGCCCUGGCGGGCGCCUUUUAACGUUUGUAAAAAUAACCUCGUCCCCUGGAA